AUGCUCGCCGAACGCAGCCUGUGCCUCAGCGUCGAUGACAUCUUGAGCGCCGAGAACUUCCAGCUCACCGCGACGGGCGAGUCGCGCUACUCGCUCGACACGGUCGGAUCCCUCGUCUCGGCCGACGUGCCGCCGCACAACCCGUACCGCGAGUCGCAGUCGUCGGCCGGGUCGGGCUGGAACACCAACGGCCUCGACGGCUUCGAGUGGACCACUGCGCUCACGCAGGACAACGUCUUCCACGUCCCGUCCGAAGACGUCUCGUCGACGUCGACUGCGUGGACAACGACGGCGUCCGCAACGGCCAAGAAGACGCCGGCGACGCUCAUCUCGGUCUCGCCCAUGGAGCUGCACUUUGACGCCAACUUGGCGCCCAAGCACACGCUUGAGAUCGCGAAUGUUUCGAGAUCGCAGUCGAUCCUCUUCAAGAUCAAGACGCCAUCGAAGUACCGGCAGCAUUAUGUCAUUACGCCCAACAAGGGCGUCCUCCGGCCGUCGAGCGCCCUUACGAUCUCGAUUGAGAUCCCCAACCACGAAGCCAAGCGGCUCAUCCAGACCAACACGCGCCAAUGCACCACAACGUGGGCCCACCCUGUGAAGGUCCAGCUGCUCAAGGUCCACGACGACGUCUACGACCAGCUCGAGUGCAUGGAGUACGACGAGCAGCAGCAGCUGUACGCGACGUUGUGGGCGGCCGCGGAUGCGACCACGGAGGCGUGGCGUCUCGACGAGAAGAUGCUCACGUUCCACGUCAAGUGCACGCGCCUCCUCUUCCUCGAAGCCGGCGUCAUGACGAUCGCCUCGCCCCUCCACGUGACGGCCACCACGAACCAGUUUGAGACGUGCCUCCACAGCCUGCGCCUCUAUAGCCUCGAGAGCUCGGCCAUUAUCUACUUGCACAACAAGGCAUCGUCGCCGGUCGCAUACAAGGUGCUCACAACGGCGCCGGCGCGGUACCGCAUCUCGCCGUCCUUCCAGCUCGUGCCGCCGAAAGCCCGCGCGGAGCUUCGCAUUUGCUUUACAAAAACCUUUCAGAGCUCGGCGCGCCAUCUCGGCGGCGCCGUCCGCUUAAAAGACACGCUGCGCAUCGAAGCCAUCGUGCUCACGGGCUUGACGCCGUCCGUCGAAGUCGAGACGCGCCGCUCCAAGGACGAUAUCAAGCGCAUCGUGCAGUCCAUGUGGCCCACGUUCGACGCCGACGUCAAGAGCAUGACAUACAUCUCGUGCAUGGUCGACCUCGUCGUCGCGGCCGACUGAGACGAGGGCUCUUUGCUUCUGCAAGCAUACGAUAGUCCGU